AUGUCACCAUCCAAGAAAAGACGCGACUUCCACAGAGCCUCUGCUCAUGCCACGCGUCAGAAUGCUUCCGAUCGAAAACAGGGCCGUUCUUCUGCCAGCCGUUGUUCUUCCCGACGCAGAAGGGCUUUGUGGCUGGCAUGGAGGGCAGAUGGCCAUUCCACCAUUCCAUCAGACAAGGUUUGGUUGUUCUACCGUCUCGCCCUUGCCGCCAAAACUGGAACUGGAGUGUUGGGCGAAUUUCUUUGCAAUUCCUUGCCUGUGCAGCCGCCGGUCAGAACUCGGCAACGAGAUGUUUUUCCCUUGGCCCCGCUUGGUGGUAGCAUGCUGAAGCCUGUAGACAUGACAAGUGGCAGGUGGAGCGUGCUCCUCCAAUUCAUCAACGUGGUCAUUGGCAUUCUGAACUGGUUGCACGGCAUAAAGCAGACAGUGCCGACUGGCAAGCACACGUUCGCUCAACAAGCAGUUUUGAAAAACAUCGUGGAUCGCACAGUGUGGACACUCACACGCCUGCAACAUGCGCAAGAUGGCUGGGAGCGGUUUGUGCCAGAUUUUGUGCCAGGUUUCACUGCAGGUACAACUUCUUUCCAAGACUUGGUUGCUGACAGGGUGGACAACUUGCAAGCGGCUGGCUUAUGCGAUCCUUUGCCGCACUUGCCAGCCCAUGUGCGGGCCAGCUUGGCAACACCUGAAGGAAUCCUUGACAACAGCGAUGAUUCUUUGCGUGGCCCGAAAGACGAAUAUGCAAAAUUGGUUGUCAAGCAGCUGCGGUGUGGUAAGUUGAGUUUAGCAACUUUUUGCAAGGGUGGUGGUACCACUUUCGCUGUUGGGAAGCCUGGGGGUGAACGCCUGAGGGAGGUAUGGCACGGCCGGCGUGUUUCAGAAUCAGCUUCUGCACCUCCAAAGCCGAGACACUUGGCUUCCCCAACUGCGUUGACCUUUCUGGAGUGCAGCGAUGGAAGACCACUACGCCUUAGCAAGCGCGAUGCUACGUGUUGGUUUGACCAGUUGAAGCUUCCCAGCUCUCUUCGUCGAUACAUGGCCAAACCGCCCAUCUCCACAGUGGAACUUGUCAAUGCUGGAAUGUCAGUGGCGGAUCAGCGGCAGCACAUGGAAGAUGGACAUGCUUGGCGCGAAGGUUUGCUAUAUCCUUUGCACUGCGUCUGGCCUAUGGGAUUUUCUUGGUCUUCUUACAUAGCCCAAGAAGAGAUGCUGAGUGUUUGUCAAGAUGCUGGCAUACCAACUUCAUCUCUCUUGGCUUGUGAUUGCGUGACACCUACAUCGUUUGAGCUUGUUGCUGCGGUGGCCACCGAUGAUGUCAUGAUUUUCAGCGACGCUGGCCCUGGUGCCACCUGUGAAGCAGCAAGAGCUUUCGAUGCAGCUAUGGAUGCACGAUGCGCAGUCCGAAAUCUUAAGAAGGACGUUGACGACGCGCUCUGUGGUACCUGUGUUGGGGUUGACUUAGUAGACGGAUACUUUCUGGAUGCUGUUGCGGAAGGUCGCUUCUCUGGCGAUGGCUGGAAAUCUUCAGCUGCAUUUUAUCUUUGUCCCCUCCAGCGAAAAUCCAGCGGAUUUCCCUUCGCGUGGCAAGAAGAGGCGAGCGCGAAAGAAAGCAGCUUUGUCGCAACGACGCCCUCCGAGAGUGAAUCGGGUGAAUCGGCCCAUGGUGCAACGAGUGAAACACUCUCGCAUAGUCAGCUUGACAAUGCCAAGUCUUCGCUGGGCACCGGCACCCAGACAGCCUCCCAAGGUACUCAGAUUGGCACCGCUACCCAGACAGCAUCCCAAGGUACUCAGAUGGGAGAACAGAAGUCAUCAGUUGUCACUGGCGCCCAGACAAUGUCUCAUAGUACACAGACGGAGGAGCAGAAGUCUUCACUUAGCACCAACACCCAGGCAGCCUCCCAAGGUGCUCAGAUCGGCACCGACACCCAGACAGCCUCCCAAGGUACUCAGAUUGGCACCGACACCCAGACAGCCUCCCAAGGUACUCAGAUUGGCACCGCUACGGGAGAACAGAAGUCAUCACUUGUCACUGGCGCCCAGACAAUGUCCCAUAGUACACAGACGGAGGAGCAGAAGUCUUCACUUAGCACCAACACCCAGACAGCGUCCCAAGGUACUCAGAUUGGCACUGCUACCCAGACAGCCUCCCAAGGUACUCAGAUGGGAGAACAGAAGUCAUCAGUUGUCACUGGCGCGCAGACAAUGUCCCAUAGUACACAGACGGAGGAACAGAAGUCUUCACUUGGCACCAACACCCAGGCAGCAUCCCAAGGUGCUCAGAUCGGCACCGACACCCAGACAGCCUCCCAAGGUACUCAGAUGGGAGAGCAGAAGUCUUCAGUUGGCACCAGUACCCAGACACUCUCACAUUCGCAGAUCGACAACAUAAAGUCUUCAGUUGACACUGGAACCACUCAAAUGGAAGACGACAAAUCUGCCAGCCUCGGCACUCAGACACUUUCUCAUUCCAAAAUCAAUCCGGAAUCUUCGCUCUACAGCCAGAGCACUGACAGCACUCACACUCACACACUCUCCCACAGCCAGAUCGACGAUACCAGAGUUUCCCACAGCCACGGCACCGAGACCGGCUGGUAUGGUCAUCAGAUGUCAAGUGCUGGCCAGCAGUCUAAUUCCUAUAACUUCCCCGGGGGCGUUCAGGUGAUCAUCACGCCCUACCAGGGCGCGGCUGCGGGCACUUUGCCGAGCACGGCGCCUGUGCCGCUGAACGUGGCUCCGACUUACACCUCUGUCCAGACGCCAGUUCAAGAACCUGCGCCAUACACGCCACCAGAGACUGAGCCAGUCGAGCCUGUCGAAGAACAGAUAGAGUACACGCCACCGAAGACGGUCCAGACACCAGUGGAAACUGAGCCACUUUCGCCGGAGACAGCGACCAAGCCUUCGGGAGAGGUUCGAUUGCUACUUCCUUCCAAGGCCAGGUCGCCGAAGUACGUCAUGCGGACGCUGGAGCAAUCCACUGGAUUGUCACCGGGCUGA